AUGUUCAAAAUACUUCGACGGUUUGCCCUGACGAGGCCACCGUUGCGAGACAUAAUCCCCAGCAAGAAGGUCUUCAACAGAAUCUUGUUCGACCAAGACAGUCGCUUGGCCUAUAGCAGGGCCAUGAAAAUAUAUGAAGCUGUGUACAACCACAUCGACAACCCUAACCACAUAUUACUUCCGAGUUACACCAGGAGCGAUGACUUGAUGUCCCUCAAAGAAGUACUUCUGGUGAUCCGAAAGACCACAAACACCAUCAACCGCCACUUGGUGGAGUUGGAGAAUGAGCUUGUGGAGCAGGCUGGAGAACUUGGAAGUAGCAAUGCGAUCGCAAUAUUGGCAUUCAACACCAUUCAAGAUCCAAACACGUCUAAAGAAGAUUUUCAAUACGCCAAUCAGUUGAUAGAGAAUCUUCUGGACCUCAAGAAUCCCUUGACGUUCAAAUUGGCCGGGGACUUGGCAUAUAAAAAACGGGCAUUUUCUCAGGCCGAAUCAUACUGGCUUCAGUUCAUUGAACUAGAACCAAAUACCAUAAAUGCCAGCCACGUAUACAGCAACCUUGGUUUGUACUAUUACACACUACAACCCAAACCCGACUUGAUAAGGGCCCGGCAGUAUUUGGAGAAAAGCAUAGCUUUUGGACAGCUAGACUCGACUAUAUUGAGGUCUCACUAUUAUUACAGCCAGCUUUUCACCCUAACCGACCCCAAGAUUGCAAGAUACCAUUUGGAGAUCUGUGCCUCCAAAGGCUUGAAGGAGAGUUUUUCGUCUCUUGGGUUCUUGGAGUUGAAUGUCUUCAACAACUAUGAUAAAAGUCUUGAGUGGUUUAAACUUGGGCAUGAGGCUGAUGGAGAUUUAUCGUGCUUGAUAGGGCAGUUUGAUUGUCAAAUUCUUUUAAAAGAUCGUAAGAGUGCUUUGAAAGCAUUGCAAAAGAUAAUGUCUAUACAAGAGAAGUUUGAAAAAAGUCGGCAAAACCCGUCGGUGCCAGAGAAAUACAGAGCCACUAUAGCUUCCAAUAAGCACCUACUUCUGAUGUUCUUCAGUAGCAGAAAACAAGCCAUAGAGUUGGUGAAUACCCUGUCAUUCUAG